CCCUUCCGUUCAAACACAUGCCUCUUGUGAACGCCGAACUCCGUGAUACUUCCUUAUCUGCUCGGUUUCUGCGGCUAACCUAAGUCUCCUCUCUCCACCAACAACAACGGUGUGUUUAGCGGUUUUAAGUAGUAACGUUCCCUCUGCCUCGUAAGUCUGGUUUGGGUGCCUUUUCCAUUGUGUACAUCUCUUCAUCUCAUCGUGCACCAUGGUACCCAAGCUCUACUUGACGAACCUGCUCACGCUCUUCUCUGUGGCAGCCGCUGGCUUUCCUCCAAAGCCUGAAGGGAUCACCACUCUGAAGUCCAAAUUUCACGACGGUAUCAUUAUCUCAUACAAGGAACCUGGCAUAUGUGAGACAACGCCUGGGGUCCGUUCUUUCGCAGGUUACAUCCAUCUCCCACCCAACGCGCUUAAUGAGAGCCAUGAGCACAAUCUUUACCCGAUCAAUACCUUCUUCUGGUUCUUCGAAGCCCGCAAAGAUCCUAGCCAUGCUCCACUGACCAUUUGGCUUAAUGGCGGACCCGGAGGCAGCAGUCUGAUGGGUGCAUUAGUCGAGAAUGGGCCUUGCUUUGUAGGAAACGACUCGAAUUCGACAUAUUUGAAUCCGUGGAGCUGGAACAAUGAAGUCAACAUGUUGUAUAUUGACCAGCCGAACCAGGUCGGUUUCUCUUACGACACGCUUACCAACGUUACCGCUCACCUGACGAGGGAGCGCUUCGAGGGUUGGAAGUAUGAGCCAACUUCGUUCUUGGACGACGUGCCUGAAGGUAACCUGACCUUCAUGACCGGGACCACGGGCAGCAUGAACACGACGUACACAGCUAACUCCACGCACCAUGCCGCCGUUGCAAUCUGGCACUUCGCACAAACAUGGUUCACGGAAUUCCCGUAUUACAAGCCUGCUGACGAGCAAAUCAGCUUGUUUACUGAGUCUUACGGAGGCCAUUAUGGUCCAGCGUUCGUCUCGUACUUCAUGCACCAGAAUGCACUGAUUGAGAAUGGGACGCUUACAGGCCCCGGCGUGCACUAUCUACGUAUGAAUACUCUUGGAAUAGUCAAUGGCUGCAUUGAUAUGAUCGAACAAGUCUGGAGUCACGCUACUUUCGCCGUGAACAACACAUACGGCAUCAAGGUUUUCACUGAUGCCGAGUACUAUCGCUCGAUGUACGAGCUGACACGCGAAGACGGUAUCGUUGACCGCAUAAAAGCCUGCCGGCGCAAGCAGCGGGAGCUUGAUCGGCACGGAUACGGAGAUAUUGAUGAGGUCGACAAGUAUUGUCUGGCUGCAAUGGGUGCUGGCCAGAAUGCCACUUCAGACAUCUACAUUUCGAGACGAAAGGCGGGCUGGUUCGACAUCACACAUCCCGCGGCCGAUCCCUUCCCGCCCUUGUAUAAUAUGGGCUUCCUGAAUCAGCAUUGGGUGCAGAAGGCACUUGGUGUGCCUGUCAACUUCACCUUUGCAUCGUCAGCCGUGUAUCAAGCCUUCGCCAUGACCGGAGACCAUGCGAAGAGAGGCUUUGUCGACGACAUCGCGUACAUCCUCGACCACGGCGUGAAAGUUGCAUUGCUGUAUGGAGAUCGUGACUACGCUUGUAAUUGGGUUCAGGGCGAAGCCACUUCGUUGAAGAUUCCGUGGGCUUCGCAGAAGGAAUUUGCAACUGCGGGCUAUACUCCCUUGGUGAUUUCGCCGGUGCAUUCGGGUGGUUUGACUAGGCAGUACGGUAACCUAUCGUUCACGCGAGUGUACCAAGCCGGUCACCUUGUUCCGUCGUACCAGCCAGAGACGGCGUAUACGAUCUUCAUGCGCGCUUUAACAGGCAAAGACAUUGCAACGGGCACCGUUGACAUCCAGGCAGUUGCUGCGAGAGGUGAGCAGCACGCCACUGCAGGCCUGGACAAUACUUGGUGGAUGCGAAGCGAUUUGUUACCGACGACACCAAGAGAGUGCUAUAUCUGGGACACAGAGAAGUGUAGUGAGGAGGAGCAGGACUGGCUGUUUGAGGGAUCGGCUAUCGUAAAGGACUGGAUCGUAGUUGGGCGCAAGAAUGUUGACAAACCGUCGCACAGCCUUAACGACAACGCAGAGCAGUUGCUUGUAGCGGAUUGGUAACUUGCAACGACUACCGCGGCAGAGACACAGGAGAGCUAGGCCGGUCUCGAAAGACCGUGGCUGGUACUAUUGUCCACUCACGCUUCGGUUCUGUUUCCUUUCUGGUGACGGGCCGGGGUUCUAGUAGAAUCUGAUCGCUAGAGUAACGUCGGUUCAUACCGCGGUUGGUGUUAACAAUAUGCGGUAGAACGUUGUGUUCGAUGGGCUUCCUGCUGGUUCAAUCA